AUGGGAUUCAAAUUUUCCCAUUUGUGUGACCUACUUUCCUCUCUGGAGAAUAAUAAUAUCCUAAAAGCUACUACCGAAGCAAGGAACCAUGACCCAGAUGUUCAGACGGUAACUCGGUGGUUCAAGCAACAUGGCAGACGGCUCCACGAUAAGGACACCGACCAGUUGGCUGUCCUCUCGUGCAUGUUUCCAGAAAAACGGACAGACAGAGUUUACUGGUUACAGGACACGUCCCUCGCAAGGGUCAUAGGUCGAUGUCUUCUUCUCGGGUCAUCGCGGCGGGAAGAGCUGGAGCGAUGGCGCGUUUCCGGGGGCAUAGAUCUGGCGCAAUGCGUGGAGAACGUCAUGCGACAGGCCGAAAACCACACCCCCGAAGGUCAGGAGGUAACGGUCGAAGAGAUUAACGAUGCCUUGAACAGUGUUGCGUCUCGGUGCAGAUUCUCCGGCCCCCGUGUGCGGAGACAACGGGCGGCGGUUGAUGUAGAUGAGGCCCUGUCUCCUCUAUACCGACGGUUGAGUAGUAGAGAUGCUAAAUGGCUGACUCGCAUGAUACUCAAGAAUUACUCUCCUGUGACUCUACCGCGGAAUUUGACCCUCAGGAGCUUUCAUUUCUUGAUCCCCCAUCUUCUGCUUUUUCAAGACUCUUUUGAGGCGACGCUGAAUAUGUUGGCGUUGGAGCCAAUCCGUCAUUUUCCACCACAUCCAGAGCCUGGGCUAGCUAAGGACUUGGGGAUCAUAGCGAUGCAGCAUUUGAGUCCGGUGGUUGGUGUGAAGAUCGGACGACCUGACUACUACAAGGCUCGGAGUAUCAAGCACUGCUGUCAGAUGAUUGGCCGGCGUCGGGUGAGUAUAGAAAGGAAAUACGAUGGCGAAUAUUGUCAAAUACACAUUGAUCUCUCGAAGCCUUCUAGUCCUAUUCAGAUAUUCUCGAAAAGUGGUAAGGAUUCUACUGCAGAUAGGUCAGGUAUCCACCAUGUUAUCAGAGAUUCCCUGAGAAUAGGAAGGUCAGGAUGCAAAUUCUCUCACCGGUGUAUUCUGGAAGGUGAGCUACUUGUCUGGAGCGAUCGACAUGGCAAAAUUAUGGAUUUCCAUAAGCUGCGCAAGUUUAUCACCCGCUCUGGCACUUUUAUCGGGACGGAGAAUGAUUCCCCGCCACAACCUUAUGAGCAUUUGAUGAUCGUGUUUUUCGAUAUUUUACUCCUUGACGAUGAGGUUUGCUUGAAGAAACCACAACGAGAGCGACGAUUGCUAUUGAAAAACGUAGUACACGUAAUCGAAGGCUUUGCAGACAUCUCCCAGCAACGAAUCCUAGACUUCUGUCGACCUGGGAGUCAGUCGCAGCUAGAAAAUAUCUUCGCCAAGGGCAUCGCUGAGAGAUGGGAAGGGUUUGUCUUAAAGGGGUGCGAGGACCCAUACCUCACCAUCUUUCCCAGCCAAGCAAAUGGUUCCUUGGGUCGCUGGAUUAAGCUGAAGAAAGACUACAUCCCAGGUCUAGGCGAUACGGUAGAUCUUGCCAUUGUCGGCGGAAAAUAUGAUUCUCGAGAUGCCGCUGGUUUAAAGCAUAUCCGCAAGUUAUCAUGGACACAUUUCUUCAUCGGCUGUCUCCUCAAUAAAGAGGAUAUUUUGCAGUCCAAGCCCAUGUUUCGCGUGGUUGAUGUAAUCAAUCGACAUUGCAUGAGCGCGAAGAACAUGCAGAUCCUCAAUCAGUUUGGGGAGUAUACUGCCUGUGGCAUUGAUUCAGGACAUGGGUUCGAUAUAGAGUAUGGAACGGGUACUAUACCAGGCAUAGACGUCGUUUUCAGGACUCCUUUUGUUGUCGAGAUGCUCGGUAGUGGGUUCGAGAAACCAUCAAGCGCCAGAUAUUAUACGCUUCGCUUCCCGAGGAUCGUAAAGAUCCAUUGGGAUAGAUCAUUUGAGGAUGCAGCAUCGUUUUCAGAGUUACAGCUCCUCGCUGAAGAUGCCCGAGAAGUCCCGUCAGAAGAGCUGGCGCAAGAAGAGACCGAAUGGAAUAAAAGACUGAAGCUGGGUAACGGCUCGUCGGAGUAUAUAGUUAAUCGAUCCCAGAGCUUGACCAACUCUUCUGGAGUGACCCAGAGUCCAGUGGAAGGGCGUCUAUUAAACCGAUCUGCAAGCACACUAGUAGAUGAGGCAUGUCUACAAAAUUCAAACAACUCCGUGGAAAGAGGCAACGAACGAGCCCCAGGAACCACACAUACUAUCCCUAUCUAUAUCGACGAGACCAUGCCAUCAACGCCCUCAUCUGAAAUUUCAAAUACCCAUGGCAAUGUCCUGACAAGCAACGAGAAUCUCUCAUCGCACCAAGACUCCCGCCAACAAAAGGACAAGUCCGCUACCACCAACCCUACGAGGUCCAAGCAAAGCAAGGCACCCGACGAGCCCGAGAACAGCAACAUCAAACUCCACUCAAACAUACCAUCUACACUGACGAAUACCUCUAUACAAGACCCCGAAUCCAUGGCAAAGCAGUCAAACCCUCAAAACACCACCAAAUUUUCAUUAACAGCCCUCCCAAUCCACCUCAUCCACAGCAACGCAUCCAUCCAAGAAAAACCCACCAGCACCCUCUCCCUAACCCUCAACCCGAAUAUCAAUAUCUUCGUCAAAUCCCUCCUAUCAAGAUCGCUCAAAGCACAGCUACAAAUCACCCCAACCCUAGCCGUCCUCCUCCUAAACCCAAGGGAAACACCCCUAGGCCGAGCCCUCCUCGAUCUAACCACCAAUCUCUCCAAGAGGCUUCAAACGCCCUCCCAUUCCAACAACCAUUUGCAAACCGGGAGAAUACUUCUCCUCGAUUUGUCUCUCCUAGACUUGGGCGCAGACGUGGCAGAUCCCAGAUCCUGUGUGCGGAUGUCAUGGGAGGAUAUCGGGAGGAAGUAUUUUUAUGCUUGUGUUUCGUGGGGUUUCAAGGGUGGAGUUGAGACGGUUCCUUGUACGCUUCUGGAUGGGGGUCCUAAGGGAUAUCUGGAUCAGAGGGUCAGGGUUUCUGUUGAGUUUGAUAGGAGAGUUAUGGGUGUUUUGGAGUCGGCUGCGGCUUUGAGAAAUGGGUAA